CUAUCUGCCAUUGAACGGACUCUUAAAUUCCCAUCUCCAACACGUAUGAGCCCCCACCUUCAGUUCAUGUGCGGUCCUCUACUUCGAUAUGAUACUGUCAUUGACGGUGUCUGGCAUGGGGCUGUGAUGAUUGUCACUGCAGACCAAGGCUCUGUGUAUUCCCCUUCACCCUACCUUUCCCUGGAGUGGGAUCCCAGUAGCCCACUCUUUUCCAACGGUGCUGACACUCCUAAGUCCCCAAAAACUGUCUAUUAUUCGAAACAAAUCACUGGUGAAGAGAUUUGGGUUUAUUACGGCACAGCAGGGACAUUCACAUUCUGGCGAUUCAUGAUUGAAAUUCCACUCUCCAGGUAUGAGAUGGGAGUUUCUUACCAAAUCAACAACGGUGCUCGCCUCGAAUUCUUUGUGCCAGCAAUUGGCCAGAAUCUUCGCUGGGCUGUGCAUUCGUGCAAUGGAUUUAGCGCUGGAAUCAACCCGGAUGAUUUCAAAGGUCCUGGGUUUGUCAGUGGCUAUGACCCUCUCUGGGUCGAUCUCUUAAACAAACAUUACGAGAAACCCUUUCAUGCUUUGGUCGGAGGCGGUGAUCAAAUAUAUUGUGACAAAGUGACUCAGGAGCCCGAGAUACAAGACUGGAUCAACAAGAAACUUGUCACCGAUAAAAUUAAUUACCAAUUGACGGACGAAAUGCGUUUUGCAAUCGAUCGAUUUUAUUUCAGCCAUUAUUGCCUCAUGUUUAGGAGUGGCGCUUUUGCUAGAUGUACGAGAACAAUCCCAAUGGUAAGUAAUUGUUUGGACGAUCACGAUCUCAUUGAUGGUUUUGGAAGUUAUCCGGCUGAUCUACAGUCAUCUCCCGUCUUCAACGCAAUCGGAGCACGAGGAUACUUCUUUUUUCUACUCUUCCAGCAAUUUACUGUGGACGCAGUGGACGGAUCGUUGGAUAUGCACCCACAUCCUAACAGAGCCCUCAUCAUGGGCGAGCUUGGCCCCUGGAUUCCAUCGUGCUCCCAUUCGCUGCUGACAUAUUUGGGACCUCAGGCCCAAUUACUUUUGUUGGAUUGCCGCGCGGAGCGACGGAAGGAGCGUAUUGUGUCCGAGAAGACAUAUAAGGUUAUCCUUGAUCGAAUAAGAGCUUUACCAACAAGCGUCGAACAUUUAGUUCUUUUGCUUGGCGUGCCGAUUGCCUAUCCCAGAAUGAACUUUUUAGAGUCUGCCCUAGAAUCCAAGCUAAAUCCUUUCAUUGCUUUAGCUCGCUCAGGAUUCGGAAUGAGUGGGUUCGUAAACAAGUUCAAUAAAGAAGCUGAGCUUCUGGACGAUCUGAAUGACCAUUGGACAGCCACGCAUCAUAAAGCUGAGCGCAAUUGGCUGGUUCAAGAACUCCAGAAGGUCGCUUUGUCUCAGAAAUUGCGCAUCACCUUCCUCAGCGGUGAUGUGCAUUGUGCUGCCGUUGGAUUGUUCAAAAGUCUCGUCAAAAGCAAGAAAGGUCCUGGGGUGGAUCCUUACCAAGAUCACCGCUAUAUGCUGAAUGUUGUCACAAGUGCCAUUGUCAACACACCUCCACCCGCUGGGGUGUUGAAGAUGGUAGGGCUUUUAGGGAAGAAAACCCACAAAACUUUACAUUCCGCUCAAACAGAUGAAGUGAUGGUGCCGUUAUUUAAGCAGGACACGGAUGGAACUCCAUUGAAAGCUAAUUUGGUGAUGGGAAGACGAAACUGGUGUCAGGUUGAUUGGGAUGAAUCGAGCGGUGAUUUGAUCUUUGAUAUUCGUGUAGAGAAGGAGAAAGGUUAUGGAACCAGCGUGAGUUAUCCUAUUCAUGCACCCGCUCCUCGAUGGUCCAACACUUAGACCGUGGCUAACGCCAUUUGAUGUUGAUGACUAAGUUAUGCGUUCACUCGACAUUCGGACUGUUUCCGUAGUACCCAUGAUACCC